CAAACUAAAACAGUGUGUCACAGAAGAAGUUAGCGCGCUAACGACACAACAAUCCUAACAUAAACCCUAAACCCUCCACAAGGUGCUGCAUUUCUCGGUGCAAAAUCAUGGCGAAAUCAUCAAAACGUAGCGUCGGAACCAGCACCACCGACAAGAAGAAGAAGAAGAGCAAGAAGUUCGGUCCAGAAGGCGUGGCCAUGAAAGUGAAAGCCAACAACAACGCCACUGCCUCCAACCCCUUCGAGUCAAUUUGGUCGCGGAGGAAAUUCGAGGUGCUAGGGCAGAAGCGGAAGGGCGAGGCGCGGCGCAUGGGGCUGGCGCGCUCCCUGGCGAUCCAGAAGCGCAACAACACGCUCCUCAAGGAGUACCACCAGAGCGCCAAGUCCUCCCUCUUCGUCGACAAGCGAAUCGGAGAGAAAGACGAGGCGCUCGACGAGUUCGGAAAAGCCAUCUUGCGUUCCCAACGCGAACGCCAGCUGAACAUGAAGUUGAGCAAGAAAAGCAAGUAUCAUUUGUCUGAUGGAGAGGAAAAUGACUUUGAGGGAAUUGAUUCUCUUGGGAGAGAUGAUUUCGAGGAUGAGAUGCUUCCUGAUGAUAUUGAUGCUGAGACUGAUGAGAAAUUAGAUUUGGUUCAACGGAGCAUGCAGAUUCCGGGGGAAACCAGUGCGGAUGAUGGGGAGGAAAAUAGACAUAAAAGCAAGAAGGAAGUGAUGGAGGAAAUUAUCUCAAAAAGCAAGUUUUACAAGGCUCAAAAGGCAAAGGAUAAAGAAGAAAAUGAAAACUUGGUGGAAGAAUUGGAUAAGGAUUUCACUUCCUUGAUUCACUCUGAAGCCUUGUUAUCUUUGACUGAACCCAACAAGAUGAAUGCUUUGAAGGCUCUGGUGAACAAAAGUAUUUCAAAUGAUCAAAGUAAUAAGGACCACAUGUCUGCUACUCGGACAAUGGAUAAUUCUGUGCAGGAAAAACCUGAUGAUUAUGACAAACUUGUCAAACAAAUGGGGUUGGAAAUGCGUGCUCGCCCUUCAGAUAGGACAAAGACACCAGAGGAGAUUGCUCAGGAGGAAAAAGAACGUUUAGAGCAAUUGGAGGAAGAGCGGCAGAAGAGGAUGGUUGCUGCUGAAGAUUCAAGUGAUGAAGACAAUGAAGACUCAGAAAAGCCAUCUGAACAGAAACCAAGAUCUAUAUCUGGUGAUGAUCUUGGUGAUUCCUUUUCUGUUAAUGAACAAAUUAUGACCAAGAAGGGUUGGGUUGAUGAGAUUCUUGAAAGAAGAGAUGAGGAAGAUUCUUCUAGUGAAGAUGAUGAUGGUGAAGAUCCUGACAAUUUGGGAAGCUCUGAAGAUGCUGAUGAAGGAUCAAAUGAAGAUCUUGAUGAACACAAGAAGGAUCUUUCUUUAAAAGAUUGGGAACAAAGUGAUGAUGAUGAUAUUGGUGCAGAUUUAGAAGAUGAAGAUGAUAGUGAUGAGAAUAUAGAAACAGCUGCAGAAGACCUUGAUGAGGUAAAAGGAUUGGAUGCUGCAGUUCAUAUAAAAGCAAAAAGAAAUGCUUCUGUUGAAAGUGUAAAAAAAGAUAAGGAUUCUUCAGAUGCCAAGAUAGAUGUUGUAGGAAAACAGUCAAAAGAGUUGGACAUUCCUUAUAUAAUUCAAGCUCCGAAGACCUUUGAAGAAUUAUGUUCACUGGUGGAUAAACAUUCAAAUGACAACGUUAUUUUGAUUAUCAAUCGGAUUCGGAAAAGUAAUCCAAUCCCACUCGCAGCAGAAAAUCGAAAGAAAAUGCAAGUAUUCUAUGGAGUAUUGUUGCAAUAUUUUGCUGUUUUGGCAAAUAAGGAACCACUUAAUGUUGAGUUACUCAAUAUGCUGGUGAAACCGUUGAUAGAGAUGAGUAAGGAAAUCCCAUACUUUGCUGCAAUAUGUGCUCGUCGCAGAAUAGAAGCUACCAGAAAACAAUUCAUUGAGAGUAUCAAACAAUCAGAAAGUAGCAGUUGGCCUUCUUCAAAAACGUUGUGCCUCUUGCGUUUGUGGUCCAUGAUAUUUCCAUGCUCUGACUUUAGGCAUCCAGUUAUGACUCCUGUGAUAUUGUUGAUGUGUGAAUAUCUGAUGCGUUGCCCAAUAGUAUCUGGUCGUGAUAUUGCCAUUGGCUCUUUCUUAUGCUCUAUGCUUCUCUCAGUAUUUAGACAGUCUCGAAAAUUCUGUCCUGAAGCGAUAAUAUUUCUUCGAACUUCGCUGUUGGCAGCUACUGAAAGUAAACAUGUUUCAGAUGAAGAUUCCCAGUUAUAUCAUCUUAUGGAACUGAAAGCUCUCAAACCUCUCCUAUGCAUUCACGAGACAGUGAAUGAGAUUAGUCCUCUGAAUUUCUUCAAAAUAAUAGACAUGCCAGAAGACUCUUCUUUCUUCACUUCUGUUAGUUUCAGGGCUAGUGUAUUAGUUGCAGUUUUUGAAACUUUACAAGGAUAUAUCAACGUCUAUGAAGGUUUAAGUUCAUUUCCUGAAAUGUUCCUACCAAUUUUUAAAUUAUUAAAUGAGAUAGCAGAACAAAAAAAUAUGCCAAAUGCAUUACGAGAUAAAAUUAAAGAUGUGGCUGAGCUCAUUAAGUUGAAAGUGGAUGAGCAUCACACUUUGAGGCGACCACUUCAAAUGCGGAAACAAAAGCCUGUACCAAUCAAAUUACUGAAUCCCAAGUUUGAGGAGAACUAUGUCAAGGGUAGAGACUAUGAUCCUGAUCGUGAACAAGCUGAACUGAGAAAAUUGAAGAAACAGUUGAAGCGUGAAGCUAAAGGGGCUGCACGAGAAUUGCGUAAAGACAACUACUUCUUGCUGGAGGUGAAGGAAAAAGAGAGGUCUUUACAGGAAAAAGAUAGAGCAGAGAAGUAUGGAAGAGCUAAAGCUUUCCUUCAAGAGCAAGAACAUGCCUUUAAAUCAGGACAAUUAGGAAAAGGGAGGAAAAGGAGGAGAUAAAAACUUGUGUAUUUUUACCCUUGCAUUGUGAUGAAACACAUAGGGCUUUACCUUCAUAUUAAUCAGCUCAAGGAGUCAUUUUUGCGCAGCCUAGCCUAAAGAGUGGAUAAAUCAAGAACAUGCUUGGAAUAUUUAUGGUGGUUCACUAUUAGCUAGGCCUUCCUUUCCCCACUCACUAUUAAAAGUUGAAGCAAAUGGUGGUGUGAUAUGUAUAAAGAUAUCUAUUUUGACAAUGUCCUUGCCUUCCCAACUUAAUCUUCUGGGAAGGAAAGGAAUGCGUUGCUCUUGUAUUCACGUAUGAGGAUUGGGAGAAUUGUAAGGGUAUGCAACUUCAUCUAAGUUCUCUCUCUGUAAACAUUCAUAGCCACCUUGGUUGAACCAAGAUAAAAUUUUUGCAAAUGAAUUUUCAAUCUAAUUUGUACUCAAUUCCCCUUCGACAAUGAUAUGGAUUCAAAUUCCACCGA